UGAGCUGGAGUUCUCAGGCUAGCUAUAGCUAUAGUUAAAUUAUAAAACAUGGCGUUCACAUUCGCGGCCUUUUGUUACAUGCUCGCUCUGCUGCUCACCGCCGCUCUUAUUUUCUUCGCUAUCUGGCACAUAAUAGCAUUUGAUGAGCUGAAGACGGACUAUAAGAAUCCUAUAGAUCAAUGUAAUACAUUAAACCCGCUGGUGCUACCCGAGUAUCUGAUCCACGUGUUCUUCUGUGUGAUGUUCCUCUGUGCUGCUGAAUGGCUCACCCUCGGUCUCAACAUGCCCCUGCUGGCCUAUCAUGUCUACAGGUACAUGUCUCGUCCCAUAAUGAGCGGUCCUGGGCUCUAUGAUCCCACCACCAUAAUGAAUGCUGAUAUCUUGGCAUACUGUCAGAAGGAAGGAUGGUGUAAACUGGCCUUCUACCUCCUGUCCUUUUUCUACUACCUGUACGGGAUGAUCUAUGUGUUGGUGAGCUCUUAAUCUCCACCUGACUGCGACUAAGAAACUUUGUGUGAAUUGGACUUUGGCCAUCACGCCUCUUUUAGUGCGGCUCCGCUUUAAAUGGACUUCCUGCUCCCUAAACCUUAACCACCUGGAGACUGUAUACAGGACACAACCAGCCAUCAGUACAGCAGUACACGCAUACCCACGCGCACACACACAGAGUACAUGAGGAACUAUGAAUAGUAGCUCUGACUCUCUGCAGUGCUGUUUAAUCCUGAAUAAAUCAUUUAUCUGUUUUCACUCUUUAUAUUUUUGAUUUGUUUUCAUGUUUGUUGGUUAGAAACAGUGAGUGCCAAGUUCAGUUUUAAUAAACUUGAUGGUAGUCUUAAAUAAAUGUGCUUUUAAUCAGCAGGAUGAUAAAGUGCAUGAGGUUCAUUUUUAUUAUUUUAUAAAGCGCAAAGUUAAACAAUCCCAGUUUAAAUCAUUUGAAUUGUUAUUCUUGUGACUUUUAAUGUUUUUUCAUAGGAAAGCUCAUUAUGUAAACGUAUCAUGUGUAGAUGAUAAAAAUGUAAUGAUUUAAUAAACAACAGGGUUUUUUUCUUUAAAUGUCUUUAUAUUUAGCCCUAAUUUUUAAAAAUUUUAGGUGUUUGGGGAAAGCCCUUAGAGUAUGCAUCUAUUAAUUUAGCCAAAAAACAAAUGCUUCUACAUCUAGUUUUUUUUUUUUUUUAAACUGACCCUUUUCAACACCGGAGCAGUUUCAUCCAUAACAAACUGGCCAUAACACUCUACUGCCGUGUUUAUUACUGCCAUUUCAGAUUUAGGUUUCCCAGUCAAUCCAGUUCUCUCAGAGGUGUUUUAAUGUUGCUUCUUUUCUCAUGACUGCUAGCACAGGCAGAUAUUGUUUACACUGCACACCAGUGAUUCCUUGCUGCAUCCCAAACUGAUUCCCAUGUACUACAUAGUGUAUGUGAAUUCUGCUGGUAGUGCACUAAUUAGCCAUAAUAUUUAGUAGUGUGUGUGUGGUUUUGUCCUCUGGAGGCUUAACUGAGCUGGAGAAAACAGUUGGCCUUAUGAGGCUAUCAAGACCCACUCAUGAAAACUCUUAAACAUUGUUUCAUGAGAAACUACCAGUGUGUUUAAUCUGGAUUAGAAUUUUUUUAUCUUUUAGUAUGAUCAUGCCAUGUUCAUGACUGCGCAGGAAUUGGGGCAGAACCGUAUUGGCUGUGUGUAGUAAUGUUACAUCAGAAAGCUGCAAAUGUACUACUUGGGCUGGGGCUUUAAUUUAGUGCUAAUGUGUUUAGACACUCCAUUUAGAAUCAGCACAGCUGGAAUAUUACACACAUUAUUAUAGUCCAGAUGUAACUGUACAGAAAUGAGGUUGGACUGUGGUCCUGAUGCUAAAUUAAGAUUUGUUUUGAUUUUGCCAUUUUAUCAUCAGUGGUUGUAUAUACAAAUGUUCAGUCACUGAACAAAGAACAAUAAAAUAAUUCGUUUUUCUUCA